AGUUUUUCCUGCGCUUUUGCCUGUACUGCGAGAACGUCUAAUCCCAUCUCUGGAAGGGACAGUUCAAGUCAAGACAGUGCAUUUUUUCUGUGGGACAAGACGUGCUCGGAUGUUCAGUUCUGUGGUCGUUUGCAGCAUGUGUUGGUGCAUGAUGUAAUUCAGUGGCUGCAGUGGAUCCUUGAUACAUCUGUAGGAGUUCUCCAAGUGGUGGAAGUGAGAGUGGAUCUGUUCGGCUCCUUGUUCUCCCAUCAAUCCCGAGCCACACCUCCAUUGCCUCAGCCACGGAAGCACGUGAUCCUCUAGGAGAUGCAUUUUUGGUAUCACUGUUGCAUGGGGGAAUGAGGUCCUGUAGUGGCCCAGGAACUGGCUGGUGACAUCAGCACUUCCAUGCACACAGGACACAUGAGAGACGAGUGAGGUGUAGUGCUGCUGCAU